AUGGACCUUGCUGCUCCAACAGGAGUGAUUCCUGAGUGUGCAGCAAGGAUGGUAAAUAAAGACAUUUACUUUAGCUACCCAUGCAGACGUCACAGCUGUGCAUUAAUAAACAUCCCAAGACCAUGUGUCAACAAAAUUAUUUCACAUAUUGAUGGUCUGGAAACUAAAAUACAGGAACAUUUGAAACGGUUUGAAACUUCUCUGGAAAAAUGGGCCAGAAUUUCUUCCCAAAAAGCCUCAAAAGAGUGGAGUAUUGUUACAUCAUUGGCAGAGGUUAAACCAGAAGACAGGGAAAAGUGUCCAGAAUUAAAGAAGGAAAUUGAAACAUUGCUGGCAGAGGCGAUCCAUCUCAUUAAAAGUCUAGAAACUGACCGUGCAGAAGCUGAAGCAGCUUUAUUAAAGCAAAAAUUAAGAAGAGAAAAGUUGAGCCUGAAAAUAGAUUCUUGGUCAAUUUGGAGACUUCAGAAAAUCCCAUUAGCAGUGCAGAAAGAGCAUGAUGCCUAUUUGAGAGAUAUUAUAGAAUUACGAUGGCAUAUUGACAAUAAAACCAGAAAAGUUAAAUACCUUCAAGAGCAAAAGGAAAAUUUAGAAAAAUACAAUGCACAAAUUCAAGCAGACAUAGAUUACAUGCAAAAUCAAACUCCUUUGUUGAUGGAAAAGCAGCGUUAUGAAUUUAGCACCUUACAGGAUCACUAUAAAAAGAAAUAUGAGGCAAUGGAACUCUUUCAACUUGUGAAUAAUGAACUUCAAGAAGUUACAGAAAACUGUGAAGGUGCCAAAUUGAAAGCUAAAAAAAUGAAAGAACAAGUAGAAAUAGAUAUUGAUAAUGGAGAAUUAAGCUUACGAGCCUACAAACGGGAGAUAGAAAAGCUUGAUUAUAUUAUUACAAUCUACUCAACAUCAGCAGAUACUAUCUCUGUUAAUAUUGAGAAGGAAGAGGUGAAAUUGAGUGACUCAGAGAAGAUAAGCAUGUCAGCGACAAUGGAAAUAACUACUUUGACAAAUAUGCUAGAAGAAUUAAAAAGAGAUUAUGAACAACUAGUGCAAAGAAAGAAGAAUAUGAAUAUUGAAUACUUGACAGCAUUUAAUGAAUAUCAUGCUGCAAAAAGAAUAUGGAAUAUAGAACUUGCCGAAAUUGAAAAAGAUCGUGCAAAUUUAUCAUUCGCAAAUAUUAAAAUAAGAGAAGAAAAUAAAAAACUUGCCCAUGAUAUUGAAUUGUUGGCACAUUAUAUCAAUGAUAGCAUAAGGAAAAAAUCAGAAAUUGACUCUGAAAUCCAUGCUAUGUUAAAAAUGAUCUUGAAAAAUGAUCAGCUUCAUAAAUAUUUACACAAGAGAGCUUAUCAAAUUGGUGCUCUUUUCCACCUAACUAGAUAUAAAUUAGAAGAUGUAGAAGAGAAAAUAGCUGAAGUAAGAAGAAAAUUCAAGGGGAGAGAAGAUUUCUUGAAAACACGCAUUCGAUGUGAGGUGGCCAAAGGAUUAGUGGAUCAGGAAAAACAAUCUAACAUUUUAAAAGAAAUAGAAGCUGCUAAGAGCCAAACAACGCUCUUUCAAACAAAAAUAAAUCAACUGGACAUGGAAUUAGGAGAAAUGAAAAAGGAAAGAAAAAGUUUAGAUCUGUUAAUUGGCAACUCAAAAGAUGACCUUGAAACUACUAAUUAUAAAAAGGAACAAAUACACUUUGUGUUCAAAUACUUCUUAGAUGAGAAAAAAAACUGUCAAAAGAGGUUACUUGAGGAUGAACAGGGAUUUAAGCAGACCUAUUCAAUGAGGAUCAAAACUCUGGUAAAUAUUAAAGAAAUCCAAAGAAAAGCACUGAAUGAAAAUUUACGUUUAGCUCAAGAGUACCUAAAAUUGCAGAAUAAUUUCUUCACAGAAAAGAAGAAUUUUUUAAAACUAUAUGAUAUAGAGACACCACUUGAUUCUUCAGUUGCAGAUAUAAAACAGCUCUGUGAGCUGCAAAAAAUUAUAUUCAAGGUGUGGCGGAAGCACUUCGAACUGGUGGUCCUCUACCACAAGAUGAAACUGGCCCACUUCCAGUCAUUCUCUCAAGAGAGUAUUCAGAAAAUAUUUGUUGUGCAGACUCUUUUCCAAUUUCUUCUAUUGAAUGGAGGUGUUAAGCUGCUUGUCUUCCAGCUCACCGAAUCUGUUUUCAGCAGCUUUUAUUCUGCUGGUGAAACUUUCCAGUGA